AUGAGUAACUCAUCAAUUACAAGCAAAGAAGAAAUAUCCAAAUCCUUAUCGAAAGAAGCAAAAUGUCCAACAGCUUCAACACGGACGGUAUCUUCAACAUCUUUUUCUUCUUCAAAUCAUGAUAUUAUUGAUCCACCUUAUGAAUCUAAAUUUGCUGAAAUGCGACAUAAAUCAAAAGUUGUACUUAAACGAUUUGGUUCAUUUAUUGGUCCUGGUUUGUUGGUUAGUGUUGCUUAUAUGGAUCCAGGUAAUUAUGCUACAUGUAUCACUGCUGGUGCUUCAAAUAAAUACUCUUUAUUAUUCAUUGUGUUUUUAUCCAAUUUAAUUGCUAUUUUCUUACAAACCUUGUGUAUUAAAUUAGGUUCUGUGACUGGAUAUGAUUUAGCAAGAUCAUGUCGUGAAUUCUUACCUAAAUAUUUGAAUUGGGCAUUAUGGGUAUUGGCAGAAUGUGCUAUUAUUGCCACAGAUGUCGCCGAAGUUAUUGGUUCUGCAAUUGCUUUGAAUAUUUUAUUAAAGAUUCCAUUGCCAGAAGGUGUUGUUAUUACUAUUGUUGAUGUUAUUUUUGUUUUAAUUGCAUAUCGUGCCGAUACUUCAAGUUUAAAAUUGGUCAAAAUUUUUGAAUAUUCAAUUGGUGUUUUAGUCAUGAUUGUUGUUGUAUGUUUUGCAGUUGAAUUGGGUGAAAUUCAUGCUAAUGCUAGAGAAGUUUUCCGUGGAUUUGUACCAUCCAAAGAAAUGUUUCAUGGAAAUGGUAUGACUAUUGCUACUUCAAUUAUUGGUUCAACAGUUAUGAUCCAUUCCUUGUUUGUUGGUUCUGGUUUAGUGCAACCUAGAAUUAGAGCCUAUGAUGUUAAACAUGGUUAUGUCAAUUUGGAUGAAGUACACGCAGAAUAUGAACAAUCCGUACAUGACGAAGUAACUUUAGCUGAUUCAGUUUCUGAUGAUGAAAAGAAAAAGAAAUCCUCCACUAAAGUAUCAACAUAUGAAAAAGAAGCUGAUUUCUUUGCUAAUAAAUACAAACCAUCCUAUCCAGCUAUCAAAUAUAAUAUGAAAUACUCCAUUGCUGAAUUGUUGCUUACAUUGUUCACAUUAGCUAUAUUUGUCAAUGCUGCAAUUUUGAUUGUUGCCGGUGCUACUUUGUACGGUACUGAAGAAGCUAUUGAUGCUGAUUUGUAUACCAUUCAUGAUUUAUUACAAAAACUUGUCGCUCCUGCAGUUGGUACUGUUUUUAUGAUUGCAUUAUUGGCUAGUGGUCAAAGUGCAGGUAUCGUUUGUACCAUUGCUGGUCAAUUCGUUAGUGAAGGUCAUAUUAAUUGGAAAUUAAAACCUUGGUUAAGAAGAUUAGUUACUAGAGGUAUUUCUAUUAUCCCAUGUUUGUUCAUAUCUGUUUUCAUUGGUAGAAAUGGGUUAGGUGUUGCUUUAAAUAUCUCACAAAUUAUCAUUUCUAUUUUGUUACCCCCAUUAACUGCACCAUUGAUCUAUUUCACAGCUAGUAAGAAAAUUAUGAGAGUUGAAUUGCAAGAUGACGAAAUUGUUGAUGGAAUGGAAAUUGACGAGACCACUGGUAAGAAAUACAAAUAUAUGGUAAAUCAUUGGAUUGUUACUCUUGUUGCACUUGUUAUUUGGGUAUUUGUUUCCAUGUUGAAUAUCUAUGCCAUUUAUGAAAUGGCUAAAGAUGGUGUUACUGGUUAA